GAGAGGAGAGAGAGACUGAGACACAGAGAGAUAGUAAUGGAGACGCAGAGCAAGUGAAGAGAAAGACAAUGACAGAGAUACGGGGACAGAGAGAAAGCAGGAGAGAGAGAAAGGAAAGAAGGGUCCAUAGAAAAACGGACACGGAGAGGCUGACCCCUGGGACUCUAGAGAAAGCAAUGGUUGGGGAAAUGAUCGAGGUGGCCAUGCAGAAAGAUACAGAGACCCGGAGAGGGGAAGACAAGAGAUGCGACAGAGGGGAGGGACAGCGCGGAGAAGCAGGGGCCCGGGAGCGGGAGGAAAAGACCCCCCACGGAGAAAGGAGCGACGACAGAGGGGCGGACAGAGAGGGACGCGGACAGAAACACGCACAGCGAGGCAAAGAAAGAGAGGAAGACCAAGAGACCCAGACGGAAAGCAGGGGAGGCUGUGGCGAGCCCACCCCGCCGGGGAGGCGAUGGCGGACACCCGGCAGAGGCGAGAAACGUGGAGCCCGCGGUCGGCUGACAGACGGACAAAGCCGGGAGGAGCCGGGCGGGGCCGGGGCGGGGCCGGGGCCGCGGGUCCCCCGCCAAGCAGAGAAAGGAGGGGCCGGGCGGGCGGCGAGAAGGGGAAGGAAGCGGAGGUGCCGGGCGGGCGCGGGGCGCGGGCAGGAAGCGGGGAGGGGCGGCGGGGCGGGGGCCUCCGGAAAAACGCCCCAACUUCCUGCCCCGCCAGAGCCAGGAAGCGGGAGCCGGGACGCAGGGCCCGGGAUCGCCGAGCCCGACCUCGGGCGCCCCGCCGGUCACCUCCCCGCGCGGACUCCAGCCCCGUGGAGCCCAUGGAGGCAGAGGACACCCCCCGCGGGCUGGCCCCAGGACCACCGCGGCCUGGCCUGGUGCCAGUCAGCAUCAUUGGGGCUGAGGACGAGGAUUUUGAGAACGAGCUGGAGGCGAACACAGAGGAGCAAAACAGCCAGUUCCAGAGCCUGGAGCAGGUGAAGCGGCGGCCUGCCCACCUCAUGGCGCUCUUGCAGCACGUCGCCCUGCAGUUUGAACCUGGACCCCUGCUCUGCUGCCUGCACGCGGACAUGCUGGCUUCUCUGGGCCCCAAGGAGGCCAAGAAGGCCUUCCUUGACUUCUACCAUAGCUUCCUGGACAAGACCGCGGUCUUGCGGGUGCCGGUCCCUCCCACUGUCGCCUUUGAACUUGACCGCACGCGGCCCGACCUCCUCCCUGAGGACGUCCAGCGGCAGUUUGUGCAGGAGGUGGUGCAGAGCCAGCAGGCAGCCGUCAGCCGGCUGCUGGAGGACUUCCGCUCCAAGCGGCUCAUGGGCAUGACGCCCUGGGAGCACGACCUGACCCAGCUGGAGGCCUGGGUUGGGCGGGACCGUGCCAGCUUCGAGGCCCGGGAGCGGCACCUGGCCGAGCGGCUGCUGACCCAUCUGGAGGAGAUGCAACCCACCAUCUCUACCGAUGAGGAAAAGAGUGCCGCUGUGGUCAGCGCCAUCAGCCUGUACAUGCGCCACCUUGGGGUGCGGACCAAGAGUGGAGACAAGAAGUCGGGGAGGAAUUUUUUCCGAAAAAAGAUGAUGGGGAAUCGGCGGUCAGAUGAGCCAACCAAGACCAAGAAAGGCCUGAGCAUCUUCCUGGACGCCGCCCGCUGGAACCGGGGAGAGCCUCAGGCCGCCGAUUUCCGACACCUCAAAGUCGAGGCUGAUGCUGAGAAGCCAGGCCUUAUGGAAAGGAGGGGAGGCCUGGGGGUGCCCUCCCGGGACCGGAAUGUUGGGGCUCCUGGGCAGGAUGUCCCUGGAGUUUCUCUGCACCCUCUGUCUGGAGACAGCCCCGACAAGGAACCAGGUGUUGAUGCCCCACCAGAGCUGGGGGAUGCGCCCCCGCAGGGCCCGGCCAGCCUGGAGCCCCUGGCGCCCCCGGAGAGCACUGAGGAGGGCGCUGACACAGAGAGAAGGUGGAAGAGGCUAUCGGGGCGUCUGGGGCGCUCGGAGAGCCUGCGGGUGAGUGACCGCCGCCGGCCUUCCCGGGGCAGCCUCGGGGCUAAGGGCCGGGGUGGGGGCCGCUCCCGGAGUGACGUGGACAUGGACCCCAGCUCUGCCACGGCCGUGCUUGGCCCUGCCCGACGAGCCACCCCUGAGCCCGGAGAUGAAGGGGACCCAGGACGGUCAGGACUAGAGCUGGAACCAGAAGAGCCCCCUGGCUGGCGGGAGCUCGUCCCCCUUGGCACCCUGCACAGCCUGCCCAAGAGCCAGGUGAAGCGGCAGGAGGUCAUCAGCGAGCUGCUGGUGACAGAGGCCGCCCACGUGCGCAUGCUCCGGGUGCUGCAUGACCUCUUCUACCAGCCCAUGGCGGAAGGGGGCUUCUUCUCUCAGGAGGAGCUACAGAACAUCUUUCCCAGCCUGGACGAGCUCAUCGAGGUGCAUUCCCUGUUCCUUGAUCGGCUGAUGAAGCGGAGGCAGGAUAGUGGCUACCUCAUUGAGGAGAUCGGAGAUGUGCUGCUGGCCCGGUUUGAUGGUCCCGAAGGCAACUGGUUCCAGAAAAUCUCCUCCCGCUUCUGCAGCCGCCAGUCGUUUGCCUUAGAGCAGCUCAAAGCCAAGCAGCGCAAGGAGCCUCGGUUCUGUGCCUUUGUGCAGGAGGCCGAGAGCCGCCCAAGGUGCCGUCGCCUGCAGCUGAAGGAUAUGAUCCCCACGGAGAUGCAGCGUCUGACCAAGUAUCCCCUGCUCCUGCAGAGCAUUGGGCAGAACACAGAAGAGCCGGCGGAACGGGAGAAAGUGGAACGGGCAGCCGAGUGCUGCCGGGAAAUUCUGCACCAUGUUAACCAAGCUGUGCGCGACAUGGAGGACCUGCUGCGGCUCAAGGAUUAUCAGAAGCGCCUGGACUUGUCCCACCUGCGGCAGAGCAGUGACCCUAUGCUGAGCGAGUUCAAGAACCUGGACAUCACCAAGAAGAAGCUGGUGCACGAGGGCCCGCUGACGUGGCGGGUGACGAGGGACAAGGCUAUAGAGGUCCACGUGCUGCUGCUGGACGACCUGCUGCUGCUACUCCAGCGCCAGGACGAACGGCUGCUGCUCAAGUCCCACAGCCGGACGCUGACGCCCACGCCCGACGGCAAGACCAUGCUGCGGCCCGUGCUGCGGCUCACCUCCGCCAUCACCCGCGAGGUGGCCACCGAUCACAAAGCCUUCUAUGUCCUUUUCACGUGGGACCAGGAGGCCCAGAUAUACGAACUGGUGGCCCAGACCGUGUCAGAACGGAAGAACUGGUGUUCCCUCAUCACCGAGACUGCUGGAUCCUUGAAGGUCCCCGCUCCCGCCUCUCGCCCCAAAUCCCGGCCCAGCCCAAGCAGCACCCGAGAACCCCUGCUCAGCAGCUCGGAGAACGGCAACGGUGCUGGCCGAGAGAUGCUCCCAGUGGACAGCCGGACCGAGAGAAUCCUCAGCACCCUCCUGCCCUACUGCAGGCCCGGCCCCGAGGGCCAGCUCGCGGCCAAGGCCCUUGAGAAAGUGCUGUCCCUGAAGCAGCUCCUGUUUCCCUCGGAGGAAGACAGCGGGGCGGGACCUCCCCGUGAUGGGGAUGGGGUCCCAGGGGGCGGCUCCCAGAGCCCGACCCAGACCCAGGAGAUUCGGGAGAAGCUGCUCAGCCUGGAGGAGACCCUGAAGCAGCUGGAGGAGGUGGAGGAAGAAUUUUGUCGCCUACGCCUCCUCCUGUCUCAGCUUGGGGAGAACACCGCCCCCCAUCCUGGCUGUACCUGAGGCCCCCUGCCCCAGGCAGGCCUUUCGCAAGACUGAGGGCCACCCGCCGCCACCGCACAGCUGCCGCAGCAUCUCCAACCCCAAGGGCCUGAGGAGAGGGAGCUGGGGGGCGGGGGGGCUGUGCCUGGGGGGGGGGCCCAGCUGGGAUCACCGCCUCCCCCCCCCCCCAACCUCCCAUCGGCCUUCUCUCCCUCCUGCUUGGGGGACUCAGGGCUUCAUUCCGGGGGGGGGGGAAUCACCAUGACCCCCCCCCCCAUUACCCAGGCCAUCUCUGUAGUGCCUGGGGAGGGCACUCCUCCAUUCCCCACCCCCAAGUGCCUUUGCUAUGUUUUUAUACCCUGAAUUGGAGGUUUAUUUUUUAAUAUAUAUUAUCUAAGGAGAGCUACGUGUGUGAGGAUGG